UGAUGUUGUUGUUAUUUCCAUGGAGAAAUAGAAAUAGAAGGUGUGAUCUAAAAGGGUUGCAUUAAUUCUGUGUAUAAGAGAAGAUUUACAGUAUGGAACCGGAGUUGAGUUAUGGCUCUGCCACUAAAGCCAGUUGUGUUGGCCUCUCUAUGGAAUAUGAGGACUCACAUAGUUGUCAAGAAGCCAAACAAUUGUUCCAUCUAUCCAAACUGAUCGAAGAUAUGAAUCCCAUGAUUGCUUGGAAUAUCAUCAAAUCAAGAGCUCUUCCGUCUAUGAAAUUGUUAGAUCUUAUAUUAGAGUGGAUUGUGACCUGCUGUCUUCCCAAUGACAACUGUUCAAAGCUUCAAUCUCUCUUGGAACACCUGGAGGACAUCCUGAAGGGAGUGGGCAAAAUUGUGGAAGUGUGCCUUGUUCCAGCUUUGGCAACGGAGGCUCAAAGUCAGGAUUGCUUACAAAUGGGUCCUCGUCUGAGUCAAGCAUUCGGUCGCAAUUGCUCAAUGUGGCAAAUGACCACACCCCCGGCCGAAUUUCAACACUUUUUGGAGGCUGUUUCCAAAGAACCCCCUGAGGAGGCUGACACAUCCUCAGAUCUUCCGUUAGAUAUCAAAUUAGAGGUAACUGACCAGGAUGUCAACUUGGACGUGAACAGAGUAUUUACAUGUGAUAAAUGUGACCGAAGGUAUAAAAACCCUAGCCACUUCCACGCCCACUUGCUCAAAUGCAAUGCCCAAGAGAUACCCACUCAUUGGAGAAGGUCUGGAGGCAAAUAUUUCUGCGCAUUCCAAGGAUGCAAUCACAGCCAAAGUUGGACGACGUCUACUGGUGUUUGGAAGCAUAUCGUCAAAUCACAUUCCAGUGUCCAAGAGCAAUCCCCUUUCACUUGCUACUUCUGUGAUAAAUCUUACCCUAAUCGGACUCUAGUCAAUGAGCACAUGAAUCGAUCACAUAUGAAGAAGUUCAAGUGUGACAUUUGCGGCCGCGGAUUUGGCGACAACACCUCCAGGAAAUCACACAUGAGAAUUCACUUGGGCGAAAAACCGUAUCAGUGUGACCAAUGUGAGUAUAAGUCUGCCAGUUCAGGCGGGCUGACGACUCACAAAAAGAUCAUGCACGAUGAUAAUCGCCGAAAAGAACACUGUUGUGACAAGUGUGGGAAGAGGUUCGCCCUCAAGUCUAACUUGAAGGAACACAUCCGUUCUCAUUCGAGUGAAAAGGCGUUUCUUUGUGGAGUGUGCGGCAAAGCACUGAAAAACAAGCAGUGUCUCAAUCGCCACCUUUUCACGCAUGGGAUCAAACACACGUGUGAGGUUUGUGAUAAAGAUUUCGCCAGUUUGUCUACUUUAGGUAUUCAUCGCAGAGACAAACAUCAACUACUCAAUUUGCCAAUUGAACACACCAAGGAUAUCAAAUCGCUUCUGGAGAUUUCUGCCCCGUCCAAACCUCCUGCAUGAAUGUUUUGCUGUCCUAUUGUCAAAGACCAAUCCCUGUGUCACUGAUUGGCCUUGGCACAAAUGUUGUUCUCUGUCCCUACAUCCAAUUAAAAACCUUUCCUAAUUUUA